AUGUUGCAAUCAUUCUUACACAACUUGAGAAAGCAAAGAGUUAUUGGUGCUUCAUCAGCACUACAAAGACUUAACUAAGGAUGGACUGCUGAAGGAGAGGCUGCUCUUCAAAGAGAAUACAAAUUCGACAACUUUGAUGAGGCAUCUAACUUCAUUUACAGAUACACUCAAUAUUGCCAAAUGAGUAAUCACAGUCCAAUCUGGUUCAAUGUUUACAACACAGUUAAAGUGACCUUAAAGAAUGAAGAGUUUGGCAAGAUUUCAACUAAGGAAGUCGAACUCGCUUAAUAUCUCGACAAGAUCCAUUAAAUCAGAUUAGUUGACAGAGAAAGCGUCGAUGCUCUCUCUUAUGAAAAGGUCAUUUAAAUCGCUUAAGUAGAUCAAUCAAUUGAGCUUAUUAGAAAUAAAUAAAACCAAACUACUCCACUUUUCAGCGAGAACGAUGAAGCCCUUAGACUCACAGCUCAAUGA